GUUCGAUCGACUUCACAAAUUUAAAAGCAAAUGAAAUCAGAGGCUCAGAGCCCAAGCAUAUCUCAAACUCUCUGGACAUUUUUAUUCUUGAAGUUGCCAUCAUAUUGAAGUUUUCAGUUUUAUUUCCUCGUGCUUGAGAGGUACAGUCAGGUGAAGUGGGGUUUAUAUUUGAACUCCCGAUUGAACGGUGAAGUAAGUGAAUAAGAUUUUGAUGGGUUUGUUUUGCUGAGAGAAUCGGUUAGAGAUGGGGAUCUGUUGGUCGUAUUGGGCUGUGUUUUGGUAGCACUAGCAAUCAAUAUUGGAGGAGUCGGAAGAUGUCACCUGCAAACUGCAACCGAAGUUCGCUCAUCAUCGACGGGCAGCGGAAGACAAGACUGUCUUCUCCGGUUGAAUUCACUAUCCUUGCAGCACUGAUCAGUUGUCCAGCAGAAUUCGAGGAGAAAAUGUUCAAGAUCUAGUCAAAUGAUCAGUCAGUGCGGUGUGGUGGGUCAGUCAGACCGGUUGGAUUUCAGAACCGGGAAGUACCCAGGUUUUAAAAGUUCAGUUUAGUCUGAUCAACUUGGUUUGACUCGGCAUUCAAUGGUUAUAGCCGGUCUAACCCCAUAAAAAUAAAGUUGACAUAUGCAUCACUAGUUCACUACUCAUCAACUGCCAUCCUUUUCUGUCAAUUCUUCUCUAACUUCCUAAAACUAGCCCCUAGCUCUAAGCCUUUCCUAUCUUUACUUUUUUAAUGAGAGGUAGAACCUUUUCAUUGCCUUAUAUAAACUAAUUUAUGUCUCAUAUCAUCAAAUUCUCCCAAAUUGGUAAGCUCCAUAAAUCUGUACAUCUUUCUUCUACUGGAAAAUUCCAUUAGUUUAUUCUCAUACAUUACAAAGUGAUAUAAAGAAAGCCAGUUGUAUGUGUUUCUUUCAUGCUUUAGAGCUGAGUUGAGGCAAUGAGGUCAGAUUUGUAUAUAAAUUGAGAUCAAAGGAGAGAAAUGGCGAGCAAGAAGUUGAGGAUUUUGGCUUGCCAAGAGAGUUAGUUUGGCUUUGGGUUAGACAUGGUCUGGUGGUUAUCUUGGGUGGUGGUGGCAGCAGUGGUGAUUGGAGGCGGCAGCGUCCGAGGAGGGGAUGUUACCUACGAUGGGAGAUCGCUCAUCAUCGACGGGCAACGGAAGAUUCUCUUCUCCGGCUCGAUUCAUUAUCCUCGUAGCACUCCUAAGAUGUGGCCAUCUUUGAUAUCUAAAGCCAAGGAGGGAGGACUGGACGUGAUACAAACCUAUGUGUUCUGGAACCAACAUGAGCCUCAACCAGGCCAGUAUUAUUUCCAAGGAAGAUAUGAUCUGGUGAGGUUCAUCAAGGAAAUCCAAGCACGAGGACUCUAUGUAACCCUCAGGAUCGGACCGUUCAUAGAAGCUGAAUGGACUUAUGGGGGGCUACCUUUCUGGCUGCAUGACAUCCCAGGAAUCGUCUAUCGAUCCGAUAAUGAACCCUUCAAGUAUUACAUGCAAAAUUUUACAACCAAGAUAGUAGAAUUGAUGAAAUCAGAGAAGCUGUAUGCUUCACAGGGAGGCCCAAUCAUACUAUCACAGAUUGAGAAUGAAUACAGAAAUGUUGAAAGAGCUUUUCAUGAGAAAGGGCCACCUUAUGUUCUUUGGGCUGCGAAAAUGGCGGUCGGGCUCCAAACUGGUGUUCCAUGGGUGAUGUGCAAGCAAGACGAUGCCCCUGAUCCAGUGAUCAAUUCAUGCAAUGGGAUGAGGUGUGGAGAAACAUUUGCAGGACCAAAUUCCCCUAAUAAGCCAUCAAUAUGGACAGAGAAUUGGACAUCUUUCUAUCAAGUAUUUGGUGGAGAACCAUACAUAAGGUCUGCUGAAGACAUUGCUUUUCAUGUUGCACUUUUUGUUGCUGCAAAGAAGGGAAGCUAUGUAAAUUAUUACAUGUAUCAUGGAGGAACAAAUUUUGGGAGAGUAAGCUCUGCUUAUGCAACAACAAGUUAUUAUGAUCAAGCUCCUCUUGAUGAGUAUGGUUUGACUAGGCAACCAAAAUGGGGUCAUCUCAAGGAAUUGCAUGCAGCAAUAAAGCUGUGCUCUGAACAAUUGCUCACGGGAACAUACAAUAACUUCUCAUUAGGCCAACUACAAGAGGCUCAUGUUUUCCAAGGAAAAUCAGGAGGUUGUGCUGCUUUUCUUGUAAACAAUGAUAUAAGAAAUACUUCUACAGUGUACUUCCAAAAUUCAUCAUUUGUACUUCCUCAAAAAUCAAUUAGUAUUCUACCAGAUUGCAAGAAUGUAAUCUUUAACACAGCAAAGGUAAGCUCACAGUAUAGUGCAAGAUCAACAUGGUUAAACCAAAAGUUGGAGUCAUCUGAGCAAUGGAAAGAAUUUAGUGAGGUUAUCCCUAACUUUUCAGACACAUCUGAGAAAGAAACUACAUUGUUAGAACACAUGGGUACAACCAAAGAUGCAUCUGAUUAUCUAUGGUACACUUUCAGCUUUCAGCAGAACUCCUCUGCUAAAGGGAAUAUGCUUCAAGUUUACUCCCUUGGACAUGUUAUUCAUGCUUUUGUCAAUAGAAUAUAUGCGGGAUCUGCACAUGGAAGCCAUGAAAAUCCAGGAUCUAGCCUUAAUAUUUCAAUCUCAUUGAAUUAUGGGGUCAACAAUAUUUCACUACUAAGUGUCAUGGUUGGAUUACCAGAUUCAGGAGCAUAUCUUGAGCGUAGAGUUGCUGGGUUGCGUCGGGUAAGAAUUCAAGGCACUGGAAAAUGGCUUCAAGAUUUCUCCAAGUAUCAGUGGGGAUACCAGGUAGGACUAUCUGGGGAAAAGCUUAAAACAUAUGGAGACCAAGGAUUGGCUAAAAUUCAAUGGAACAAUCUCACAAUCUCCCAUCAACAACCUCUUACAUGGUAUAAGACAACAUUUGAUGCACCAAUUGGAAAUGACCCAGUUGUUUUAAACCUGAGCUCAAUGGGGAAAGGCGAAGCUUGGGUUAAUGGCCAAAGCAUUGGCCGUUAUUGGGUCUCAUUUUACCCAGACAAAGCAGACCCUUCACAGACAUUGUACCAUGUGCCUCGAUCAUUUAUCAAGAAUUCAGGGAACCUCCUGGUCCUAUUUGAAGAAUUUGGUGGGAACCCUCUGAAGGUCACAUUGGAGACUAUUACAAUCUCUAAAGUAUGUGGACACGUGUUGGAAUCCCAUUUGCCACCGGUGGUUUCAUGGUUAGGUAGACAGAAUCAAACACACCCUCGAAGGAAACCAAAAGUUCAACUUGAAUGUCCUCAUGGAAGGACCAUUUCAAAAAUUCUAUUUGCAAGCUUUGGAAACCCUUCUGGUGAUUGUAAAAGCUAUGCUUUUGGAAGGUGUCACUCCUCUAAUUCCAGAGCAGUUGUUGAGAAGGCUUGUUUAGGAAAGAGGCACUGCUCUCUUCCUCUAUCAACGAAAAGAUUUGGUGGGGAUCCAUGUUCAGACACUCCAAAAGCUCUGUUGGUGGAUGCAGAAUGUAGAUGAAAUUGACUCUAAAUGGUCUUAUUAUCAUAAUACAUUACAAAUGGGUAUUCAAUCAGAAAAAAGAGAACAUUUUUAAUGAUAUAGCAAGUAUUUUUGU